CACGGUUUUUCCUCCUCGUGGACCCUGUGGGAUACGCUUUUGGAACUGGCGCCACCGGAGCUCCCAGGAGGCGGGUCUCAUAGUCCUGCUGCGGGGGACUGGGCGGAGAUGCGGCCCGGCCCGCCCUCGCCCUUCGCCCGGCCCGGUGCCGGGAGCUCGGCCGGAGCUCGGCCGCCGCUCCGCCCCUGCGCGCGGGGCGCACGGUGCCGGGGCGUGCCCGGAAGCGGCCAGUCUCCGGGACGCGAGGCUGAUUGGCCGUGCCCGCCAUGCGCCUGGAAUUGUUUGGGUUGAACUCCGGCAGGUGAAAAUGGCCAGGAAGAAUGGGCAGCACCUGCGCGAACUGCAGGGGCCUCUGCUGCCGCUCAAGGACCUCGCCGAGGUAGACGAUGAUUUUCUGCUGGAGGUGGCGGAGGAGGAUGAGGACCAGGGCUUUGUGGACGCCGAGGAGCUCUGCGGCGGAGGCUUGAAGCCUGGCAGCCUGCCCGGGGGUGUCCACGUUAUAAUUUUAAAUGAAAGCACACAGGAGAAAUGUAAAGCGUUUGGACGUUUUCCCAUUACAGGUGUUUGGUGGAGGGUGAAGGUGCGGGCAAAGCCUGUGGGGUCAGCGAACUACAGAGUUCAGGGACUUCCUUCUUAUUUCCUACAGACUGAUAUGUCCCCACCAAAUCAAAAAGAAAUAUGUUCCCUCUUCCUUACUGAGUGUCAGGUAACCAGUGAUAAGAUAGGUAGAUUUCUGAAGUGGGUAGAGGAAGACUCAAGCUAUGAAGACUUAAACUUUGAAAAUCUUACGGAAAAACUUAGAACUUUCGAGAGGAAAGUGGAAAGGAAAGAAGACAACCCACCUGUGCAGAGUGAAGAGGGAGAGCCAGCACCCGACCACGAGCCGUGUCUUCCUGUGGAAGGGACAGAUCCCUAUAAAUAUAUGAUGAUAGGAUUGCAGUUUCCAAAAAUAAUGGAAUUCCUUCCAGUUCUUUUGCCUCGACAUUUUAAACAGCUGAUCAGCUCACACUCUAAAGAAGAAGUGUUGGACAAGAUAGAAGGGAUUUUGGGUUCCAAUCCGUGGAAGCUUGGAUUUCGAAGAAUAACCUACCUGGAAUUGAGGCUUGUGCAGUGUGAGGCAAGUUGGAUGGCAUUUCGUCAGUGCAGCCCUCUUCUUCGGCUGAUGACUGAUUUGCAGAAGAACGCAUUGAUCAUAUACUCUAAGCUGAAGCAGAUAUGUCAAGAACACGGGCACACGUGUGUGGAAGAAGCUGGUUUAAACCUGGAAUUGUCAAAGCAGAUGUCUUUUCAGGAUGUUUGGGAGUCUCUGAAGUUUUUGAAGGAUAUCGGCGUGGUGAUCCUUGAGAAAGGCCGUGUCUUUCUUUAUGACCUUUACCAGGCGGAAAAGGGCAUUGCCUCCUCCAUAUGUGAGCUGAUGAAGAGACCUCCAUGGUGUUUAGAUGUCGACGUCAAGAAGGUCCUUGCAUCUAUUCACACCAUCAAACCUGAGGAUGCUGAACGUGAUGAUGCAACAGAUGAAAGCAAACCUGAUGACACACGACUGGAAAGUUCUGUGGACACAGCGGGCAGACAGGACAGUGAUUGCUGCAUUGGGAAUGAUGGUGAAGAUGACGUUAGUGUAGACGCAAACGAGGCUCAUCUGGAUCCGGAUCAAGUGGCUGCUUUGGAAAUGAUUUGCUCCAACGCUGUGACAGUCAUAAGUGGGAAAGGUGGCUGUGGGAAGACCACAAUUGUUAGCCGUCUUUUUAAGUAUAUAGAGCAGCUGGAAGAAAGAGAAGUAAAAAAUGCUUGUAAAGAUUUUGAGCAAGAUCAGGGUGUCCCAGAAGAAUGGAAUACAUUUACUGAGGAAAGUCAGCAAAAGGCAGACAAGGCUAUAGAAGUUUUGCUCACGGCACCUACGGGGAAGGCGACGGGCUUACUCAGAGAGAAAACUGGUCUUCCUGCUUACACCCUGUAUCAGGUCAAUUACAGCUACUAUUUAUGGAAGAAAGAUUCGGUAUCCAAAAAUAAGCCAUGGAAAUUUUCGUCUGUUAGAGUUCUGGUUGUGGAUGAAGGGAGUUUGGUGUCUGUAGGAAUCUUCAAGUCAGUUUUAAAUUUAUUGUGUGAGCAUUCCAAACUGUCUAAACUUAUUAUCCUUGGUGAUGUCAGGCAGUUACCCAGUAUUGAACCUGGUAACUUGCUGAAAGACAUUUUUGAGACUCUGAAGCCAAGAAAUUGUGCUAUUGAGCUGAAGACGAACCACAGAGCAGAAUCUCAGCUAAUCGUGGACAACGCUACAAGAAUCUCAAGACGCCAAUUUCCAAAUUUCGAUGCAGCAGUACCUGUUACGGAUAAUCCCACGUUCCCUAUCUCCAUGCAACACAAGACAUUCAUUUUUGUCAAACUCCCAGAAGAAGAUGGCUGCUCUCAGUUAUCUAGAAGUAGCCACCAUUCUUAUCUAUAUUCUGCAGUUAAAGCCUUACUGCAAGAAAAGGACUUUGCAAGUGCAAAGACAUCACAAUUUAUUGCAUUUAGAAGACAGGACUGUGAUCUUGUCAACGACUGCUGUUGCAAGCACUACACUGGCCACCUGACCAAAGACCAUCAGAAAAGACUUGUGUUUGGAAUUGGUGAUAAAAUUUGUUGUACCAGGAAUGCGUAUCUCUCAGAUGUACUCCCAGAUAGUGCCUCAAAAAGUCAACAAAAUAAUGAUCUGGAUCCCCAGGCUGCUCCUCAUGAUGGUGCAAGGAAUAAGCAUGACCUUGACAGUAGUAUUCGACUGUGUAACGGAGAAAUAUAUUUCAUAACGAAUGAUGUAGCAGAUUGGACUUCCAGUAAAAGAAGAUCUUUGACUAUCAGUAAUAUGGCUGGCUUGGAAGUAACCGUGGAUUUUAAAAAAUUAAUGAAACACUGUCACAUAAAACAUGCCUGGGCAAGAACUAUUCAUACCUUCCAGGGGUCUGAGGAACACACGGUUGCGUACGUGGUGGGGAAGGCGGGCCGCCAACACUGGCAGCAUGUCUACACCGCAGUGACCAGGGGCCGCUGCCGAGUGUAUGUCAUUGCAGAAGAGUCGCAACUCCAAGCUGCCAUCAGGAGAAACGACGUUACCAGGAAAACACGUUUGAAACAUUUCUUGCAAAAUAAGCUCUCUGAUGACCUGUUGGCUUCGCAGUGUUCUCCAUCACCAAGCAGGAGCACUGGGGACCACAGAGAGGACAGCACUGAGCCAGCAGCACCUCGCCCAGCAGCAUCUCCCCUCCCCAUGUGGAAGUGGAAUGUGGAGACCAGUGACCUCAGCGGAAGCAGGGACUCUCUGGCUGACUGUAACAUACACGAUGAUGAGAUAUGGGAUUUGCCUUCACUCGAGGAAGUGGAUAAAGAUGAGCAUUUAAGACAAUCACGGGGAUCCAAAAGAGGCUGUGGUUUGAAAGAGAGUGAAAGCCCAAACAAAGUCCUUAUGGUAGGAGAAUCUCCACAAGUGUCUUCAGUAUUUCAGAAUUUGAAGCUAAAUAGUUUAGCACGCAGACAACUUUUUAAACCCACGGAAAAUCAACAAACAUAAUUUUACUUCAUAUUGCUCAAAAUAAUUUUCUGUUUGAUUUCUCCAUUCAAGACCAAAAUGAACAUUGUUUCAGAUUUUCAAGAUAAAAAGAAAACGUCUGUGCCUGGAAUUUUAAGACAUGAGUAUCAAGUAUUUUUAAAUGUAUCGAAUCAAAGAAAGUGUUAAUGAUCUCAGUGUGUUAUCAUGAAAGCUGCAGUACUGGAUAUAAGUUGGGGAAAGUUAUGACUGUAUUGUAAGAAGUUUUGAUUUUUUAGGAUAAGAUAAUUCAUGCCUUAUUAACUUCUGUGGUCAUGGUAGGUUGUCUUUGCAAAUGAGUUGAAGCAAAGGCAAAGAUGAGCCCUAAUUGCCUCUGUUGGUGUUUGUGACUCUCCCGGACGCGGUGUCAUUCAGCAAAGUGGUCAUUUGCCAAAGGUCCCGUUCCACUCCAUCGCCACUGCCCCCCAGUACUGCUGGGACUUAGCCCUGUGAAUGCCCUCUGGGUUGGGAACAAGCUCUUUUAGAUAUAUUCCACUUCGGGAAAAUGUCUCUAAGAGGGAUUUGGUUUUUACAUUUUGUAUUUAUUGUUAAUUGGUGCUGUACUUCAAUUGUAUCUCCUAGAGUUCACGUGUUGAAAAUCUAAUAUCCAGUGCAAUCCUGUUGGGGACGGGGCCUAGUGGGCGCUAACUUAGGUCUCCGGAAUGAUGAAGGCCACCACGCCAUGGUUUCUGUUAGAGCAAAGCAGGCUUGGCACCUCUUGUCAUCUCGCAAACUCUUCAGCCCUUCACGUUCUGCCGUGUGAUGAAGUAGCAAGAAGUACUCUGCCAGUUGCCAGCACCUCCACCCUGGACCAGGCUCCAGAAGCCUCCAGAAGUGUGAGACAUGACUAUUUUCUCUUAACCUACCCAGAAUGUGAUACUCUGCUAUGGCAACACAUGGUGAAAGUGUAAGCUUAGGGGGUAAGCACUGGAGUGAAGCCAGCACGUGGGGUACCACUUGUCUCAUAGGGGUGCCUAGAAGGUGUUGGCCCCAGUGCUCCGGUUUCUGCCCCUGCAGGGGAGACUUGCAUGGGAGGUGGUGCCCUGGCCUUGGUCUGAAGCUCCCUCCCCCUUUUCUCGCUCCCUCCCCUCCUUGCUCCCUUUCUUUCUCCUUCUCCCCCCCCGCAACUCCACCUUUCAAAUAAUAUUUUUAAAGAUUCAGAAGGAAAAUGGGCCUGUUGCUCUAGUGUUUAUACUAGCUUUGCUGAGAUAUAAUCCAUUCCGUUAAAGUCCAUGGCUUUGUGCUAUACUCAGUGUUGUGCAGCCAUCAGCGUAAUCAAUUUGAGAAUAUUUUCAUAUCCUCAAAAGAAGCAAGGCACUCCUCAGCCAUAAAUGCCCAAUCUGCGGCCUCCUCCCCAACCAUAGACAAGCAGUCAUCUUUUUCUGCAUUUCCUGUCACUGGAAUCUACAACAUGUGGAUCUUGGUUGGCAUUAUGUCGUCAGAGUUCAUCUGUGCACUGUCGGUAAUAUUCCAUUUUUCUUUUGCUCUAAUAGCAUUACAUUGUACAGUUAGAAAUGUAGGACUUGCCUGUUUUGGCUGCUGUGACUUUGAAUGCUGUUCUGAACAUCCAUGUUUACAGUUGUGUUUGGAGAUGUACUUUAAUUCUUUAAUUUAUUCUGGGCAUAUAACUAGGUGUGGAAUUGCCAUGUAAUGUUUAACCUUCCGAGGAAAUGCAAGACGGCUUUCCAAAUCACCCGUCCCAUUUUAUAUUUUUACUAGUACUAUGUGAGGGCUGUAGCUUCUCUCUUCUUCCCGGUAUUUAUUAUUACCUGGUUUAAAUAAAUGAUUUAAGAGGCCAAGAGACCCAGAGCGCGCCCAUCUGCUGGUGACUCCUCAAGCCAAAGGCAGGCACGAAUGCAGUGCAGGUCACUGCCAGGAGCGCCAGGACACAGCUGAGCCUCCACUGCUGCCCCUGCAUCCCGAUCAGAUCCCAAGCCAGGAUCCCACCCAGGUGACCCGAGCUGGGCAGCUGACCUCAUUGCCUGCCUCAGGGCCUGCCUCUCCACCCCCCACGCCCCGGCUGCGUGUGAAAUGCUGCUGAGUUGUGGUUUUGAUUUGCUUUCUUCCUGUGGCUGAUGAUGUUCCGCAUCUUUCACUAAUUGGUUAUUUCUCCCUUUGCAGAUCUUGUCCCUUACUUUAAAAUUGGAUUAUUUUUCCUUUCCUGAUCAAAAUAUGAGCAUUCUCUGUAUGUUCUGCCGACAUGUGCUUUGCCAAAAUGUGACCUGCAAUACUUGUCUGCCAUUCUGUGCAUUUUAUGUUUCCUUUCUUGGAGGUGUCUGUCCUCCAGAGGUCCGUGUACAGAAGGCUGGCUACCCAGGGUGGCAUUUUGGGUUGCAAGAAGUGUUUUUAGGUGGAAACCUAGUGGAGGGUGGAGGGUUUGUGCCCUCAGCGGUUUCCCUGAGCUUGUACUAAAGCCGGCGUUGGGCCAGCGGUGUCCUGGCUUGCUGGCGGAGCUUUCCUGUGCACGCGCUCUGCCUGCUGUCCGCCACCUUCCCCGAAGGACCAACCUAGCGGAGCGGAGCCAUCCUGGACUUGCACCUCCAAAAACACUGAGAAAAGAAAUCCUUUCUCCAGGUAACAACAAGCUGAUAAAUCACAGUGUCCUUUGAGACAUAAGUUUUGAGCUCUGAUUAUGUCCAGUAGAUCUAUUUUUGUAGCAUCCUUGGUAUUAAAUCCAAUAAACCAUGAAGAUUUUUCCUCUAAGUUUUAUUUCCUACAUUUAGGUAUUGGAGUCAGUUUUGGUGUAUGCUCUUGGGAGGGGACCCUGCUCCAUUCUCCUGCAUGUGAAUAUGCA